AUGACGCUGCCGGUGCGGUCCAUGUUGCCGUCGAGCAUCUCGUGGGCCGAGAGUCUCAAGGAUCGCGAUGCUGCGCUUCCUCUCUUCGACAAGAACCUCGCCCAAACGGUGUCGCCCAACACGGGAGCGGCGGACAGGUUGGGCGUGCUCGAGGCCCUGCUCGAGAACAUCCAGGGUCGGUGGUUCAGCCAGCGGCAGACGGUGAGCGUGGCCUUCGAGAGCGGGCCGUCGGAGGUGUCCAUGGGCUCGGUGCACACGGUGCUCGCCCAGGGCACCGACGACCCCUACUUUUGCGACACCCACACCGACGAGCUCAAAACUGUGCAGGAGUGA